AAUAUAAUUCACCACUUUCUCUUCAUCUUUAAUUUCCCUUCAUAAUUCCUAUCCUCUGUCAGUUCACUCAUCUGCGUUUGCAAGCAUGGUUGAUAAGCAACCCCACUUGAACGGUGGCUAUUACGGUCCCGCCAUUCCCCCUGCGGAGCAACCACGCUACCGCCACAACCAUGGAAGAAGCUGCUGUUGCUGCCUCUUCGGAAUCUUCUGGAAGAUUCUCGUUACCCUCAUCGUCCUCGUUGGCCUCGCAAUCCUCAUCUUCUGGCUCGUGGUUCAACCCCGUUCCUUCAAGUUCUAUGUAACGGAAGCAGAGCUAACUCAGUUUGAGUAUGAUACCAACAACAACACCCUUCACUACAACAUGGUGCUCAACUUCACCGCACGCAACCCCAACAAGAAGCUCAGCAUAUACUACGACAAAGUAGAGGCAUUAGCGUUCUACGAGGACACCAGGUUCGCCAAUUACGAUGUCAUAACGCACAUCAACUCCUUCCGCCAAUACAAGAAGAGCACCAAC